AUGAGUACCGAACAAUCAAAACUGUCAAAUUUUAUUGUUUUACUUAAUGGACAAAUCGAUAGCGCCGAGUUCCUCUCGUUCGAUAAUUUUUACUGCAAAUACUCAUAUGUAUAUGGUAUUGACUGGAAGCAAGUUGGUGGUGUUCACGAAGGACUUAGUGCACGAUGUCAACGUGAACGUUCCGGAAAUACUCAUAUAACUGUUGGUAUGCCUAUUGAAGCUACUUUUACCUCAACGAAUCCAUUUGGUUGGCCACAAAUUGUACUAAGUUGUUAUGGAUCAGAUUUCUUCGGUAAUGAUGUCGUUUGUGGAUACGGAGCUACACAUAUCCCAACUGUUCCGGGAAGAACGGUUAGAAAGAUUGCAUUAUUUGUACCAGAGGCUUCCACAUUACUACAACGCUUUAUCGGAUGGUUUACUGGGAAAAGAGCCGAAUUUGUAGACUCGAGGAUCAUUGCAACAGCAGAUGGCCGACAGGUUACAAAAGUGAGGAGCCAGGGAGUCAUCACUGUAACCAUGGAUAUUAUACUUAAAGAUAUGAAGAAAUACGGAUACGAUGUGAUACCAUCAUCGUUAUACAGGAUUUCAGAAUAUCCCCUGCCUGACUUCAAAAAGACAUUUAAUAAAGAGGUUGAAGCUCAUCACGAAGAAAGACUAUCGGACCCAGUCACCAAAUAUAAGGAAAAAAUCCCUGAUAAACCAGGACCAUCAAACAUUCCAACAGUACCACGUGCUGCGUCGCCUGCAUCAAUUCGUCCACUUCCUAUGCCAAGGCAGUCGACAGAAAAAAUUAUAGACACCGUCGAGGAAAUCAAAAAGGGAACAAUAGCCUAA